AUGUCGGAGGAGUUCGAGGAGUCCGACAUCCUCUGGCCAGACGGCGACGACGAGGGCGCGACGGCGAAGCCGGCAUGGAGCGAGGAACGGCCACCUCGGCGGCAGACACUGGCUCAGAGAGCCCGAGCCAGUCGUUCUGAUUGGGCACCUUCGUCAGCUUAUCGCAGUAAUCACAGCGGCGGCGACGGUGAAGGGAAGAGAAGGAGCACGGGGAGCAGGCCCAUAAUCCCCCCGCACGUCAUCGUCGCGCAGAGGAAUCGCGGCGGCGAUGGCACGGCGUGCUCGGUGCUCGUCGGCAACGGGAGGAAGCUCGCCGGGUGGGAUCUCCGGCGGUUCAGGACGUUCGUUCUGCGGAUGACGGGGUACGUGGAGGGAAAUAUGCCUCCUAGACAUUACGCCAAUAGAACCCCAGAGAUCCGGGAGGAGGAGAGACGUGGGGAGGCACCACCUUCGUCACCUCCGCCUCCACCUCCAUAG